CUUCCAGCGGUGAUCUCACCUUGUCCUCUGCCAUAGAGGCACUAAACACUGCUACCUGCUUUAUUGACUGCAUCACUACGAACCAUUGUUACUUAGUCUAUAAUUGAAACAAUAUGCUAUCUGUGAAAAUAAGUAUAAUGUUAGGUGAAAACUGUAGAAAAUUAUUCUAUUUAUAAUAAUUGUCUGAUGUCUAAUGUUUCUGUAAUAUUAUGUGUUCGACAUCUAAUUAAGGAUAAUUGUUACUCCAAUAUUAAUACUGUUACCGAACCAAUGCAAUGUAAUUACUCCACCUCGAUGUUGGUGGUGAACACAAAUAAUUUUGGUGCUUUUAAGCGAGUCGAGAAGAAUGAAAGUCAUGAAGCUAGUGUAAAAAUGGUAGAUUUAAAUAUUUAUAAUGUAGAAUUUGUUGAUAGUGUCCAACAAAACCAAAUGAUUGGCGAAACGCCUAACUACUGCAUUCCUUUAACGAUUAACGCCAUAACAGUCCAGGGUAUCUCAUACAGUGACCCAUAUUUCAGUAGCUUUAAAUUAAACUAUAAGAUGGCGUUCGGAGCGCCGGAGCAUAUGAACAAGUCUGAUUACGCUUUUAAAUCCUCAGUUUGUAUUAUACGAGAUGAGCCUUGCGAUACGCAACUACUAAACGACAAGUCUGCUCAUACUAUGAUAUCCAAAACGAAAACUCGAAUCAUUACUAAUGAAGACAAGUCUGUGAAGACAUACCAUGACAAUAAUGAAUUGGAAGUUGGUUACGACAAACCCGCCAAAAAGACGGCUCUGCGAAUGUUCGCGAACGGUGAUCUCACCUACGACGCAAUGUUGGAACUUACACGAAACGAGGAUCGAAUAAUCAAGGAUAUGAACACGCAAGACAUAGACAGCUGGGGCGUGCCGCGGCGCCUGCGUCUGUGCGGAGGAGGCGAGAGCUCACUCAACGCUGCCACCGGCUGGGGCAGUCCGCCAGCCUCCAACAACACUGGGAAUUGGGGCGGUAAUUCCAGUGGCCAAACAAAUAAUGGGACAAACAAUACUCAACAAUGGAAUAACACGGCUCAACGCCCGCCCACUUCUCAAGCAGACAUGAAUAGCAACAAGGGGAAUGGUAAUCAAAUGCCUCCAACCAGUGGCGCGUCUGCACAGAAUUGGCAAAGUUCCCCGCCUAACAUGCCAAAUUCACAGCCUAACAACAAUGGUGCACCAACAAGCAAUGGUACGAACAACGCUGGUAAUGGAAACAAUGGCGGUACUAAUCCACCCAACUCUACUCCAAAUUCAAAUGGGCCCACCUCGGCCAAUGGGAACAAUGGCAACAACGCCAAUAGCACUUCCUCUGCUAAGAUUGAGCAACUCAACUCAAUGAGGGAAGCUUUGUUUAGUCAAGAUGGCUGGGGAGGCCAACAUGUAAAUCAAGAUACUAAUUGGGAUGUACCUGGCUCGCCCGAGCCUGGGCCAGGAAAGGUGGAAAACCAGCCAGCUGGUGGGCCUCCAGCUUGGAAACCAAAUAUUAACAAUGGUGCAUUCCUUGGCACUGAUCUAUGGGAGGCUAACCUAAGAAAUGGUGGACAGCCGCCGCCACAGCCCGCAGCUAAAACUCCGUGGGGCCAUACGCCCACUACCAACAUUGGUGGCACAUGGGGCGAAGACGACGACGUUGCAGACUCUGCUAACGUAUGGACUGGCCCACCGCCCCCGCAGCAAUGGCCUGCAGGUCCCCCGCAACACGCACAGCAGUGGGGCGUGCCCAAGAAGGACGACUGGAAUGCAUGGGGAGAACCUCACCGACCAGUCGAUCCCCGUAUUGAUCCUCACCGGUCCAGCGAUCCUCGUCAACAAAGCGCAGACCCGCGUCACGACCUACGCGGAGGAAUAUCUGGCCGCCUUAACGGUGAUAUGUGGAGCCAACAUCAUCAACAUACUGGUGGCCCGAACAAAAUGAUGCCUGGAGGUGUUAACCAGUGGGGCGCUCAAGGGCCCAAGGAUCCAAUCAAGGGAUCUGGAUGGGAAGAACCAUCACCGCCGGCAGCAAGACGUGCACCCGGCGGCUUCGAUGAUGGUACGUCAUUGUGGGCACAGCGUGGAAUGGGCGGUAUGGCAGCUCGCGGACCGCAAGGCCCGCCCGGCCCCCAGCGUAUGCCCCCGACGCCUACCAAACCAGACGCCGUAUGAGCUCAUGGUCAACGCAAUGGUUCCUGGGAAGAACCACAUACUCCCGCUUGGCCCGACCGCGAUGCCCCAGCUUGGCCCGAUGCAUCCGGACCGGCCCUGUGGCCCGUGCCUAAACCCAAACCUGCUGGACCUGGAACAGCUUGGCCGGAUGAUAUUGGCGAGUGAGGACCAAAACCACCACAAGGUGGCCCACUUGGCAAGCAGCUACCUAAGGAGAUGGUGUGGAACAGUAAGCAGUUCAGGUUCCUAGUUGAGAUGGGUUUCAAGAAGGAGGAAGCAGAGGCAGCCCUGCGUAGCCGCGACAUGAACGCGGAGGAGGCGUUGGAGAUGCUGGCCAGCGCUCGCGGCGACGGGUGGCGACGCGACGAUCACUUCGGCGGCCACCACGGCGGCCCCUUCCAGCCGCCGCCCUCCGUGCCCGCGGUCUCUCCCGCCGUCGUGCAGAAGAUACUCAACCAGCCGCCUCCCCCAACGCAGCAACACCACCAGUCUUACAACCCCAACAGCGGUACGGGCAACGGCGGGCAGCCGAGCGCGGCGCAACUGCGCAUGCUCGUGCAACAGAUACAAAUGGCGGUGUCUGCUGGGUACCUCAACCAUCAGAUAUUGAACCAACCCCUGGCUCCGCAAACCCUCGUGCUCUUGAACCAACUGCUGCAACAGAUCAAGGUACUCCAACAGUUGUUGCAACAGAACUCUCUUGCGAUGACUAAGGGUCACUCCUCUCUUGCGCUGCAGUACUCUGUACAAAUCACUAAAGCUAAGCAGCAGAUUACUGCUCUACAAAACCAGAUAACAGCGCAGCAGACUCUGUAUAUGAAGCAGCAGGCUGGCAGCUCAGACUUGUUCAAGCAGGGCCAUGACCCCAUCGCUCAGUUGCAAAACAACUUCAGUGACAUGUCUAUACCUAAGGAUACUCAAGGGGGUUACGGCGGCAGCAGCGGUAACCAGCAAUCCCGCCUGAACCAAUGGAAGCUGCCUUCUCUGGACAAGGAUGGAGAAGGUUCCGAGUUCAGCCGUGCGCCCGGAACUGCUAAGUCUACCACGAGCCCACAGCUCAACCAACUUGGCCUGCAACCUGACUCCACUUGGGGAGUGGGGCGCGGCUCCGAAGGUUGGGGCGACAGCGGGGCUGACGUAGCUGAUGGCAAGGACGCCUGGCCCUCACACCCCUCGCACCAGCCUGUAUAUGAUCUGGUGCCUGAGUUCGAACCUGGCAAGCCCUGGAAGGGCAACCAAAUGAAGAACGUGGAAGACGACCCGGCCAUGACGCCCGGGUCCGUGGUGCGGUCGCCACUGUCGCUGGCGGUGAUCAAGGACGCCGACAUGCUGGGCGGCAAGACGUCCCCGCCGGGCGGCGAGCGCUCGCUGUCGUCGUCCACGUGGUCGUACGCGCCCCCGGGCGGCGCCGGCGGUGGCGCCGCGCUCAAGGCGGACGCGUGGGGCGCCAAGCCGCGGCCCGCGCCGCCCGGCCUCAACAAGGCCUGGCCGCAGCACCACAGCGCCGCGCCUCCGCGCGCCGUCUCCUGGCAGGCCUCCACUUGGCUGCUGCUCAAGAACCUCACUGCUCAGAUUGACGGGUCCACCCUGAAGACGCUCUGCGUCCAGCAUGGCCCGCUCCAGAACUUCCACCUGUACUUGAACCAGGGUCUCGCCCUCGCCCGCUACUCGACGCGCGAGGAGGCUGCUAAGGCCCAGAUGGCCCUGAACAACUGCGUGCUGAGCAACACGACCAUCUUCGCGGAGUCGCCGGCCGAGUCGGAGGUGCAGAUGAUCCUGCAGCACCUGGGCUCGGGCGGCGGCGGCGCGUGGCGCGGCGGGCAGAAGGACGGCUGGGGCGGGUUCGCGGCGCUGUGGCCCGACUCGCACGACCAGCGCGCGACGCCCUCGUCGCUCAACUCGUUCCUGCCUCCCGACCUGCUCGGCGGAGAGUCCAUCUAAGGCGCUGUCCACAUCUGUACAGAUGCAUUUGUCCGUGUCGAUCGGGUUUCGCUCCUAACUUCGUUUCGGUCGCGGUCGCUCGGAAAUGUCGCCUCGGUCAUUCCUGAGGUGCAAAUUUUUUAUGGUUAGCGUAAAAUCUUCGAUUUGGAUAGUAUAAAUAGUAUUUAUCGAUCGGCCGGCAUGUCGCUCGAUCGUCGACGACGCGAGUUUAGGAUCGAAGCCUUAGGUGUCUAGUUGUAAUUACGCUUUACCGUCCCCCGUACGGGGAUCGACUAAUUUUAUUCGCCUAGUCAGAUGAUGUCGAACGCGUCACGUGGCGUCGGAGUACGCGGCGCGACGCGGUCGCGGUAGCCAACUGUCCACAUACUAUAUUAUCUUACUGUGUUUUAAGUGUUCAUGUAGAAUAUUUAGUGUAUAUAAGAAUUAUACAUAUACAAUGGCAAAUGAAACUGUAUCGAGGUUAGAUAGGACGAGUCCGGUCGCGGCGGGCGCGGGCCGCAGCCGCGGUCAGACCGCGCGGCCCGCUCCUGCAAAUCUACCAAAUAACCGUAGGUAUCAGAUAGCGUAGUGCGUCGCGGGCUACCUCAGUCACACGUCCCGUGGCCUUAUUUUAUAGCGUAUAUUUAUUUUGUUGUGCUCGAGGGCUGUUGCUGUUUCGCCCGUCGAGCUGUUGCGUUCCGAGUUUCUUUCGUGUUCGUUUUUAUUUUCUCGUUUUAUCUGUACUUGUCGUAUUUUAAUUAUUUAUUUCUGUUUUGAAUUCUCACUCGCAUAGAGCCCUCGUUUUCCAGUAGUGAUAUUUUAUUCAGCAAUAAACGUGUAAGUGCAUUUCGCCCACUAACAAAACUUUUACGAUUAGUUGUAAUUUUUAUAAAGGUAACAAAAUUUGAAAUUAUGAGAUUUGAAGUGCAUUCUUGUAGCGGUAAUUCCUUUUAAGCCGUAUAGUCUGAUGCAAACGAGUAUAGUUAUAUGCUAGGAGCUCGCGGCCGCUCGGGCGGCGACGCAAGUACAAGUGGGGCGCGCUCCUUGCAAUCCAGUAAUCCUGUGAUGUAAAGUAUCUUGCCUAAUGUAAGGAUAAUCUAUUUUGUUGGAGAGUAUCAUAGUAGCGCGAGUCGCCGGCGGUCGGCCUCCGCCGAAGCUGACGUUUCCCCAAAUUUUUUCCAGUAUUUGUGAUUGAAGUGCCACUUUAUGUUUAAUAUAAUGAGACGAUUAUCUAGAUUAUACGAUUAACGUAAGGGUAACCUAAUAUAAUAAAUUGAAAAUUGUUUUAUCAUUUUAUAUUACACAUACAUUUGUGAGAAAUGUUAUUAAAGUACUAUAAUUGAACAGUAAUUAAAUAUUACACUUUUGUGUAUAGGUAAGAAUAAAGUUCUAACUUAAAUUUAGCCAUAUCAAUAUCUAUUUAAAUAAAAGAUUUGUGGUAUUUUCUAUAGGCUCAAUUUGAACGUUAUUCAAAGUGACAUAUGCUUUAGAUAUUCUGUUAAUAAUAUACUUGUAGUCGUAGGUUUGUCGGUAUUACAUAACUGUAGGUGUAAGUUUACAUUUUAAGUCCUAUCGUAGAGUUCAAUAAGCAUACAACUGAUAUUUAACGGCAACGAUUGCACGUGUAAGUUAAAGUUCGUUAUCAUAAAGUUUAUUUACACUUUUAUUUACUUUUUAAUUUAUUGAUGGUGUGCCACAGAGAUACUCUGCCAAAAUAUAAAAUUACCAAUAAUUAGGGGAUCAGCGUAGCAGAGCGCUAGGGCUCGGGUCGCGGCCGGCCCAGCGCUCGCUACCGCGCCGGCCCGCGCCGCGCCGCCCCACUUAUAAUAAUGUAAAUUGUAUCUGUAUUUCGAACAUCUUCCAGUGUUUUUAUGAUAAAACGAUUUUAGCCUUAAGUUAGUUUUAAGCGAUUCGCUGUACCUUGUCGAGCCUCUGGUUCGCGUACUCUUCACAAAUUAAUUAAGUUAGGUGAACGCGAUUUUGGACGUGUAAGUGCGUUUGAACUCUGUUCGCUUCGGACCUGUAGUAGUCUAGAGUUAAAUGUUUCGAUGUGUGAUGUGUUCAUUUAGAAACAAUAUUAGCAUUUGUCAUUACUACCGUAUUAUCUUACUAUAGGGACCGACGGCAGUUUUGCGUUUUCAUCAUUGCAUAUUCUUCGUUGCCUUUCGCGAUUUGUAUCAGAUACAGAUUAAUUUGAAAGCGGAGCUCCGGUCCGUGCGGACGGACGGGGCAGCGGCCGCCGCGCGUCUCCGAAGGCACGGCUAUGCUAUGCAGCCCAACUGUUUGAUUCGCCUUCCAAGGGGCCAUAAUCGAGAUUGUCACGGAGUUUAAUGUUAGGUGCCAAAGAGUGAUUAUCAAAGAUGUCCGGAACAACUGAUUGCAUUUCUCUGCUUGAUAAAGAUUCUUCCAAAAUUUGAAAUUAUAUUCGCGGUACGGGUUAAUGAUCUGAUGUUCCUAUAACAUUUCGUGUUACGUCUAUUCAACAAUAGUGCACGUAUAAAACAGACAAAUGUCAAUUCUAUGUAUUGUUAAAGCUCAAUUUAAGUGAUGAGGGUGUUUCUUUUACCGAUUGAUAGAAUAAAUAAAGAGUAUAGGUAUUAUUUUUAACUGAUAUUGUUCUGUCCAAUUCUACACCAAUAUUCGAUAACGCCUAAAUCUCAGUUGUCUACUCUGGUGCAAAUUUAAAUUUUAAUGAUACAGCAAUAAAUGUCAUAUUUAAUUUUUUAUAAACUUUUUUCCAUUUUAAGGUUAGACAAGCCGAUCAAACGGAGAGUAUAAUAAACCAGUGCCCUUUAGAAUACGUCAUCCAUAGAUAAGACGAAAGAAGUUUAUGCCUUGAAAUUUUUUAGUCAGUUAAAGUUAUCAGUACUUAAUAAUGGAUAUACAUAUUGUAAAGUGGACGUAUUUUAAAUGUGUAGACGUGUCGGUAGCAGUAUAUAGUGGUGUUAGAGGUGUAUCGGUAGAGGUGUAUCGCAAGGUUGUGAGUAGCGGCAUCGCGCCGCGCUAACUGAAUCUCCUCUCGGUUCAAUGACUGCAUCAUUAUUUCCUGCACACAAUUAUUGCGCCAUGUGCAAUUUAGUCUGUGUUAUUAUUAUGUUGUUGUGUAUUUAUUUAUAUGAUACAUCUAUACUGUAAUAUGUAUAUAUUGUGGAAUUUUAUUCGUAAAAAUUUAAUACGCUUCAUGCUUCUCUUUUAAUAACAUUUUUCGUGAUUUGUUUCUGUUAUUUAGAAUAAAUUUACGUACCUACAAGUAAUUAUAAUAACGAUCAUAGAUGUAAAUAUAAGUAAAAUAAUGAAAAAAUAAAAAACUUAAAAAAAAAGAAAAAAAAUAUAAAGAAAAGCAAUUAAAAGAAACCAAUGAUUGUGCCUCAAUGAACUGUGGUACGUUACCGUAACAGAUGGCAGGUGUAAUCGUUUCCUUCAAAAAUGUAUUAUAAUGAAUUGUGCGCCUAGGCACCGCUCUGUGACUAGCUGUAGACAAUAUAAGGCUGCGAGCAGCGGGGCCCGCGCCCACGCCUUGUGUAAUCAUUAAUGAGCUUAGCUAUGUUUUACUUUUAUUAUAAUAAGUGUUAUUUCAUCAAUCAACAUUUUAUAUAUAUACCUACGUAUAUGUAAAUAUUUUUAUCUAUUUAUUUUUUGGUUUUCAUGAAGUUUACCCGAAUUUAACGCGUAACCUUAAAAUUGUUGGUUAUUUUGGAGUGAGAUCGCGCGGUGUCGCGUGUUUCUAACGAUCGCAUCUAUUCCAUAACACUUGAAUGCCAAAGUCGAUGUCUGUAAGCCAUUGGACGACCGCUUGUGUUUUUUACAUAAAUUGCGUGGAUCUCUGACAUCACAACAAACUAUUGAUCGUACAAAUAGGAGCCAUUAAUACUGACAGCCGACACUUAGGUCGCUGUCGCCUAUCCAAGCUGCUCUGGUGUUUUAGCUCAACUAUUCAAGUAGUUUGCUCAUAUUGUUAUUAAUUUUAAUUUUUUAUUAUCUUAAUUAUUAAACUUCCCUUAGUGCGGAAUAAAAUUCUAAAGUUAUUUUGUAAUCUCCAAAUUAGCUUUUAAUGUAACUGGACCAUAGCUGAUAACUGCAGUGUGUAUGGCGUAGGACUCAUGCCGCCUAAACUGCGCGUAAUGCGUUUGUAAUUUAUUUUAUAGCUUUCCUUCGCUUGUCACUCUACCGUCCCUGUGGCCUCGUUGAGUCUAAGUAUAAUAUUAAAUCGGUAGCUUUAUUAGUUUAGCAUCAAAUCAAACUCGUAUUUGUAAAGAUACGUAUAUCAGUUAGUACGUUUAACCGGCCCUUUAGUAGCUAACGCUUAGGAAGGCAAUAAAUAUUGCAGGAGUAUUGAGCAGCGCGGUUCAAGGGCGCCGGGGUCGGUGGCGUGACAACUGUUCGGCUUAUUUGUUGCUCGACAGCAGUCGCGACAACCCAUUGUCAGGCGCCACUCUCUCGUUCAACUGUGUACUCACAUUAGGGACCAAAUAUCUAUGAAUAUUAUGCAGUUUCAUUUUCCGCUGACUUACUACACUCAUAAAUAAGCUGAACGUUGCAUACUAAAAGACAUUCUCAUUUUUCCAUUGUUAAUAAUGCGUUUGCCGUCGCAUAUAACCGACGAAGUUACUUAUACGACAUAAUUGUACCUAGUGAUAGUGCGUACGAUAUUCAGAAGGGCCUUUUAAUUUAAAUAAGGUUAAAGUUUUGCUUGUUGUCUUUAUUUAUAUAUAUUUUUGUACGUUACGACGUUGACGUCCUAAUACAAUAGAGAACACAUUAGGUGAUAUCUACAAAGAAACUAGUCUUCCUUAUUUACGAGGGAUCGUGUUGAGAUGGCGGGACGCGUGACGUCGACACAAGAGGCAAUCAUUCCUCUAGUCUUGUUAUGUGGUGCGAAUAAGUGAAUACCAAAUAUUAAAUAACGAAGGCUUUGACGUUAGGUGUAGAGGUAACGAUAGGUCGGCCCGAGCAGCUUGGACCCUGUCAAACUUUACAAGGGAAUGGUUGGGUAGUAUUAUUAUAAUGCAUUUAUUUCUCUUUUUUCAUAGUCACUCAAUCAUAUAUUUAAUUAAUUGAGCUAAUGCCUAAAAUUGGAAUAUCAGAGUUUAUUUAGGAUGUUCAUAUUUUACAUUUUAGUGUUUAAAUAUCUAAAAUUUACCUUAAUUAUAGUGAAUGGAUUUUUGUAUUAUUGGAAUAUAUAGCUGUAAGACAAAGGGUGUUCUUGAUAAAACACAAACAACUGAUUAUAAACAAAAUAAAAAAAAUGUACUGAGUGACUUUACGUGUAAACAGAGGGCCAUUGAUUAAAAUGUUGAACUAAGCUAAAUUCUCUAUGUGGUAAUUUAACUAAAUGUGAUUGCUGAGAAUAUUUUAACUGCUAUGAUGUAUAGUUGUAAUAGAGCAGUAAGUCGCCAUUUAUCUGUUAGCUCUGCGAGCACACACGGACAUGCACUCCGGAGGCCGGCCCGGCCGCACUGGCGGAAGUUUCACUGAGUUGCAUUUGAUUGGAGCACCACCUAGCGUUAUGUAUAUAUGUAUGUGUAUCAAGGCCAACCCCCCACCAACAGUUAAUUGAUGCAGUAGACUCCAGACUGCUGCUCGCUAACUACACAACACACUGCUUCUCUAGUCUCUCUCGCAUUCAUGAAUCGCACGGAGCGACGUGCGAGUGAUUAUAAUCGAGCAUAAUUUAACGAUCAUAUCCUAUAUGAAACUAGUUUAUAUUCGUAUUAUUCUUUCAUUAGAUCUCUGUUGUACCUGUGUGAAAUUGUUUAUAUUCAAUGUUCAUUUGUACUGUAAGAGAAGUGUACCGGUCUCGACGACACCGUGCUUGACAUAUACGUAAUCGCGUAGUUCGAACGACCAAAUUCGUUAAUGUUCCACUAAAGUACUAAUAACCUCUCAAUAUUUAGAUAUUUCUAUUGGCGUCAAAAAUCAAUACUCUGCGGUCUUAAAUUAGUCACUUUUGUACCUUGAUUGUACUUGUACUUGAAUAAUAUCCUAUGUAAGUGAGGAACGACUAAUCCAAUUCUGAAAUAUACUUAAUUUAAAUUUUGACAGACUGAUAUCUGUGAUUAAGAAAAUAUUUUUAAUAUUGUCCAGUGAGUCGGAUGAGAAUAUUUAUUUUAUUAGAGGUCUCCUACUGCCAGCGGCACAUGAUAUGUGACGAGACAUAAUAUUUAACUGCUUCGUAUAUUUUUUUACUUUAGUGAUGUAUCGAGCUGGAAUACAUUUGGAAGACCAUUUACGAGUGGACUACUACCGUUGUCGGUUUAUGUUGUACAAAACGAACAAGCUUAAUUAGUAAUUAAAAAGCCCACCAUGUAAACAUGUACUGUACCGAUCCCAAUGAAGAAAUGAUUUACAAACUAAGUUAAUGUAGCACUCAGUAUCAUGACAUCACCGCCGCCACCCAGCGGAGACUGAUCACAAGAAAUUAUUUCCAGUACCACCGAUGUCAUCUGAAAUAUGUUUCCUUAAAAUAAUUGAUCUUUGAACGUUGCAUAUCGUCUACAUUUCUAAUUCGAAUUAUUUUGUUGUAUUCAUAUCCGUGAUUUCCGUGAUGUGCGUUAAGUUUGAUAAUUGUAAAUCCUUAAGUUAUCAUAAUAAUGAAUACUAAAUUGAUUGCCUUUAGUAUUGUAGUGAGUGACAUCUCUUUAAAAUAAUGAACGAUUGGCGUUGUUUUAUAAUAAAAAAUAAUAUUUUUCGGUACCACCUUUGAGUUAAAGUACAAUGUAGUUAUAUAAAGCAUGUUUCAGCGACGUAUUUCAUUAUAACAAUAUCAACAUAACUAAUUGAUAAGUUUAGCGUAGACUUAGGCUGUCUCGUCUCACGUUACACCAAUAUUAUUAAUAAUUAAUUCUCCUUGGUAUUUGUAUUGGAACACUUAAGAAAAUAAGCAGAUACUAAAUUAUAACAUAAUUAUAUCAAUAGGCUAAAUAUAUUUAAAAAACUAAAAGAUUUUUCUGUGCAAAUCUCUGUGAUGGGAAAAUUUAUUCUAAAGAUCUAGUAUUAACUGAAAGUGACACGAGGGUCGUACUAUGAAGCAUUUUCCUUGCGUUUGCAGGAGAUAAUAAUGUACGCUAAACUCAUAAGCACAUCUUUGACGAACGCACGGAAUAUUAGUCUGUAUUGCAUUUCAUGCUAGGGCCCGAGUUUCAUGGUGACUUUAAAAGUUGAACUUUUCAGUCUUUUCGCGCAAAGGGUUGUGUAUUAUUUUUUAUGUAGUACAAAAUGUGUUCGCAAUUUGAUUGCUGCUGUAGUGUUCCUUAUGUUCUUCAAAUUAAUAUGUUGGGUAUUUAUUUGAAACUUUGUAUUCUCAAUGUCUAAAGUAUAAUGUGUAAUACUAUAAUUAUGGUCGUAAUAAUUAUGAGGCAUGCGUAAGAAAAUUUCACGUAGUAAGUUUAUGAACGGCUGCCUUAAUAGUAAUAUGAAUUUGUAUCGAUCUGUACACCAUCCUCUACGUAUGUUCCGUCGACGAUUCGCUGCGCCGAGUCGUUUGUGUUCCGUCACGUACCAAAUAAUAGCGUAGCGGGAGCCCGGGGCGAGCGGCACACCGCCUCUGCCACGCUUGUACUACACCUUUUACGUGUUCUAGAUCUAUUUUUGCAAGUGCCGUGUUUUUAGACAUAGGCGUCUCCAUUUAUACAAGGUGUAGUCGGUAGCGCGGACAGCGGUGGGCCCGCGUCGUCCGAGGCGCCAUCGGCAGCGGUUCUUGUUCUUUGUAUCUGUAUUACCUCAUUCAAUAACCUCACAUAGUAUGUCCUAUAUCAAACUAUUUAUAUAUCGACUCCCAGUACUUAUCAAACGCACUGCACUGUUAUUUGGUACACAAUUUUAUCAAUUUCUUUAAGUUAAUUUAAGGGUUUAUCAUGAAUUUUAUCAGUGUAUCAAAUAGUCGAUAUAUUUUACUGUUAUUUUUCUGAUACUACCUUAAAGCAAUGUAUAUUAACAAACAAAGCAGGAGAACAAUAAUUAUUAUGUAAGUGUAACAGUUAGUGAAUUUAAGUGUGCUAUUUUCCAUUCCAGAACUCAACGAUAUCAUUGUUCUUGUAAUACUUAUGUUCGGGUUUAAAAAUGUUAUUAUUGUAUUUAAACUAAACCUUAUGUGAUUGAAAUGCAAUGUUUAGAAGUAUUUUUAUUCUUUAUUUUUUACCAUUAAUUAAUAAUAGUUAGUAGAGAUCUAUUUGAGAGUCUAAUGUAUCAAUUAUUUGUAAAGUUGGCUGUAACUAAUUAGAAGUUACAAUAAGUAGACAUAUUUUAAUAUAAACAUUUGGAGCAAAUUUUAUGUAGAUGACAAAUAGUUGUUUUGAUCAUUAUGUGAAAUGUUGUCUCGUAUUGUUAGCGCAAUGUGUACGCACAACGGUGAGGCGGGUCGGGCGGCGCGCGGCGUCGCGUCGCGAGGCAGGGCAGUCCGCGCGUCGCCCCUCCACCGGUGGACCCUCGACACUCACUGCACAGCACUGCUAGACUAAUUCAGUUAUUGCGUAAGGAUAUUUUUCUUACAUUUCGAUAAGAGUAAUGUUUAUAGAAUAGGCAAUAAAUAAUGUUUAACAAAAAGUCCCUAUAUAAUCGAACUGACGACAGAAACGCAUGUUAUAUUUGUGGCCUCUUUAUGAAGUAAGAUCUAAGUUACAUGUUAAAAGAAAAUUAAUUUUGCUAUGCACAUAAAUGAUACUCAAUUAAUUGCCAAAAAGUAAUAUAUAUUCAUAGUUCAACAAUAUUUCUUUUGGGCAUAUUUACUUUGAAUUUAUGCAAAACUUAGAUUAUGAGUAAGUAGGUUGUAGACUAUAUGUAGAGUGAACGCAUAUUAUAUUAUUAUAAUAUAUCUAUAUAUAUUUAAAGUAAGCUGAAUUUGAGAGGUAUCAAUUUCUUGUAUUGUUCGUAAGUUUAGAUAAUAAAUGGGUUUAGCCAUACUUCGGCUGGUUUGAUAUGUAUGUUAUCUGAUUAAUUGUAAAAAAAAAAUAAAAAAAUCAUUAAAA